UCAAAUCAUUUCCUUCUUCCAGACUCUUCUCUACACAUCCUCUCAUUUCACCCACACACACACUUUUUGUUGUUUUACGUUCAUCGAUCGGACUUUUUCUUCAUUUCGCCGGAGUUUUUCACCGAUCUUGUUCAUAUCGUGCUCGGAGGAUCUUCAGUUUGCCGUAGUUCAUCGAAAUUUUUAGUUUCAGAAUCAAGAACUUGAGUAUAUGAUUAAUGAUGGAUAUUAUGAUAUGACGGAUUCUGCGGACAGCUCUUCUGAAGACAACCAAAAUCACUCGCAUAGAAGUUUAACUGCUGAUUCAAUGGAUUCAGAUUUUGAGGACGAUUUUGAGCAGAGCAAGCCAAAAACGGAUACAUCGGCCGAAGAAGCUAGAAAUGGUAAAGAUAUACAAGGAAUCCCUUGGGAGAGACUCAAUUUUACGAGAGACAAGUACCGUGAAACAAGACUGAAACAGUACAAAAAUUACGAGAACCUGCCACACUCUCGUGAGAAUUUAGAAAAGGAGUGCAAGAAAGUAAAUAAAGGCCACACCUUCUAUGAUUUUCAGUUCAAUACAAGGCUCGUCAAGCCGACAGUCGUGCAUUUUCAGGUAUAAAAUUUCACUUAUGCUUUAGUUUAAUUUAUGAUUGAAUGAUUUGAUACAUUACAUGUUCGUAGUUGUGUUGUGUGUUAUUAUUUUUUCUUAAUCUGCAUACUGCAUUCUCGUGAGUCUUUUUUUGUCAUCCCUCAUUCUAUAAGUUUGCAUUUGCAUUAUGCUAGUUAUACUUGUCAACUUACUCUACAGUUAUUAAGCAUGGACGUUUCUGGUUUCCCUAUUUUUGAUUUUUGAUUUUUUUUAAUUUUUUCUUUACUUUUGGGCAUACACAAGUUACUUGUGGUCAAACGUGGAUGUAGUGCACUGUGUAUAUCUUUUAAUUUUUUAUGUUUGUGAUAAUCUAGACCACAUCUUAAUCUGACUAUAUUAGCAUCUGUUAUUGUUUAUGAUGCUAGUUUAUAGCUACUUUUCUUACAUGGUUCUUGUUCCCUGAUCUGCACACCAAUUUACCUAUACAUGAGCUUUUUAUAGAAACUUACUGUUUCUGUAGUAAUCUCAACUGGCCAUUUAGUUCAUUUUAUUUAAGAAAAUGAUUCACGGGCCUAAAAUUCCGCCUAAGAAUGAGAUCACAACAAGGAGAGUGAAAUUGGUUACGCCAUGUGUCAAGCUUUGAUUGGAGUAGGUUAACUUUUUAGGCCCGUUUAUCAUUAUUCUUAUAUUGAACAUUGAACAAAAAGAACUUGAUUUUGGGCCUCCGUUUAAUUGUUAUAGUUUUAGCCCGGCUCAUUUGAGCCGGGUCACGUAUUUUACUAUAAUCCUUUUUGUGCAGAUUAAAAUAAGUGCCCCUAUAUCAUGAGAGUUUUAAAUAAAAUCACAAGCCGUGCUAUGUUGGAAGCAUUGGGGAGGUAUAACUUGGAUUUCUGAUAUAUGCAUUCGUAAAUUCAUUCAUGCUACAUUAACUUUUAUUUCAGCCGUAGACGCAGGGUGCCAUUUGUAUGAAGCGGCAUGAGGAUUAAGGCAGCUCAUAAGAUGCUAAGAAAUCUCUUAUGGGCAACCUCAAAACACGACCUGUACCUUAUGCAAAACUACUCGGUUAUGCAUUGGUCUUCACUUGUCAAAAGGGGCAAAGAAGUAAUUAAUGUUGCUAUGCCCGUCUUACCUACUUUGAAAUAUCCUGGAUCUUUUUCUCGUUCACUGUCUCGCGUACAAGUAAGCACUAUGGCUGUCAAGGACAACUUAAUCGUUGCUGGUGGUUUUCAUGGUGAACUGAUCUGCAAGUAUCUGGACAAACCCGGAGUCUCCUUUGCCACAAAAAUCGCAACCGAUGAUAAUGCCAUAACUAACUCAGUUGACAUAUCCUACAGUUCAAGCGGGUCAAUGAGAGUUAUGACAGCGAACAAUGAUGCACUCAUAAGGGUUUUUGAUGCCGACAAUUUUAAAUGUAUUGAUAACUUCUCAUUUCCAUGGUCUGUUAAUGAUACAUCUGUUAGUCCUGAUGGUAAAUUAUUAGCGGUCCUUGGUGACAGCACGGAGUGUUUGCUCGCCGAUGCUCAAUCAGGGAAAGAAAUCGACAAAUUAAAAGGGCAUUUAGACUACUCGUUUGCAUCCGCCUGGCAUCCAAACGGACAGAUUAUAGCAACCGGGAACCAAGACACAACAUGCAGAUUAUGGGAUAUAAGAAAGCCAUCAAACUCCUUAGCCGUACUCAAGGGCCAAAUGGGUGCGAUCCGAUCCAUACGGUUCAGCUCAGAUGGUCAAUACAUGGCCAUGGCUGAACCAGCGGACUUUGUUCACAUAUUCGACUCGCAAACAGGUUAUGAAUCGGGCCAGGAAAUUGACGUGUUUGGAGAAAUAGGUGGGAUUUCGUUUAGCCCCGAUGCUGAAGCGUUGUUUGUUGGGAUAUCAGAUCGGACUUAUGGUAGUGUGUUGGAGUUUAACCGAAAACACCAUAACAGAUACUUGGAGUUGUUGUUCUAGUCCAACCCAACCGGGCCGGGCCAGUGGUAAAAGUUUAUGUGAUUAGCUGUUGUAUAGUUUAUAAUAUAGAUUAUGAAGCUGGUUUGUAAAUGAAGUAAUUGCACUGGGUUCUUUUGUUGAUCGAACUAUGCGUUCUUGUUGCUUGAUAUGGUUUGCGUGUAAGACUGUUGCUAGCCGGCCGGCCGUAGUAAUUAUAUGGAAUGAUAAAAGAGGCAUUUUGUAUGAA